GAGUGCUGGCAGUUUUGCUUCAUAGUUAAGCAGAAGCACCAGGUUCCUUGGAGAGGUCCUGAACUCCCAUUAAUUCCUGCAGAAGAAAGUGAGUCUGUCUGGAAGAGACCUGGAGAGAGGGAGCUGUGAGAGGAAGAAGGAAUGGAGCACCUGUGGGGUGGAAAUGUGUGCAUCCGGAUUUUCAGAGUCAGCUUACCUUGACAUGGCUGGCCACGAAGACACUCAAGUGAGGAUCAUUCUGGUAGGGAAAACUGGAAGUGGAAAGAGUGCUACAGCGAACACCAUCCUCGGGAGACAUCAAUUUGAAUCUAAGAUUUGGGCCCAUGCACUUACCAAGACCUGCCAGAGAGCAUCCAGGAGGUGGAAGGGAAGAGACCUUCUUGUUGUGGACACUCCUGGGCUCUUUGACACGGACGAGACCAUGGAAACCACAUGCUUAGAAAUCAGCCGCUGCGUCCUCUACUCCUGCCCUGGGCCUCACGCCAUUAUCCUGGUUUUGCGACUGGACCGUUACACUGAAGAGGAACAGAAAACUGUUGCUCUCAUCAAGGGUCUUUUCGGGGAGGCAGCCCUGAAGUACAUGAUCAUCUUGUUUACUCACAAAGACGACCUUGAGGACCAGAGCCUUGAUAAUUUUGUAAGUGAAGCAGGUGAAAAGCUAAAUAAUAUUGUCUCGCAGUGUGGGAAACGCUACCUGGCCUUUAACAACAAAGCAGUUCAGGCUGAGCAAGAAAACCAAGUGCAGCAGCUGAUGGAACUCAUAGAGGAAAUGGUGGCCAAGAAUGGCGGAUCCUACUUUUCUGACAAGAUCUAUGAGGACAUAGAUAACAGGCUGAAACAAUGUCUAGAGGAUCUGAAGGAGACUUAUACUCAACAAUUCAUCAGUGAAAUCCAAAGAAUAGAAAAAGAAUAUGCUAAUAAACCAGAAGAAGAAAAGGAGUUACAAAUUGUUUCCGCAAGAAGUAAUUAUGAUGAAAAAAGAAGAAAUUGGAAGGAAGAGGCUGAAGAGAAUAUAUUUAUGUAUAUCUUCCAAAAGAUAAGAGAAAUUCUUUCAAAACUUUGGAGCAAAAUUGUGAUGUAAAUUUUAUUCUUUUUUUUUAUUAAUGACAUUUGUUUUUUGACAAUUUCAUACAAGCACGCAUAUAAUGUGUUCUGAAUAUAUUCAUGGCUUUUUUUUUCCUUUGGUAUCUUUUUUGCUUUGUGAUACACAGAAUUUUGCUAGGUCCUUGUGUAUGUGACAGUAGGUUUAGACUUCUUUAUCAGAGCUUGGCGGGGACACCAGGAGGAAUGUAGUAGAAGGCAAUGGCUCUCCCUUCUCUAGAACCCCUCAGUCAUUACUAGUGUUGGGCUCUAUUUGGCCCUAGUUUGGGCCUUGAGGACAAACGUGAGCCUGGCUGAGUUUUGUAAACUGUCUCAGUCACUUCUGUACUGGAGUGACUCAGCACAACCUGCUUAAGCCUGCCUUUGCCUAGCUCCUGCUGAUGUAGAGUAACUGUUGGUUCCAUUAGUCAUCCCAUACCCUUCAUUAACUUUCCCCUCUCCCUAUGUCAUCUCACCUCAGCAGAAAACUCCGCCUCCUCUCUCAGCCCUUUAUAAAGAAAAGAUUGAUACAAUAAAAUGAGUUCCUGCUUGGACAGAC